AGGAGUCGCAGCCUGCGGACGCCGGCCAACAUGUUCAUCAUCAACCUGGCCAUCACAGACCUGCUGAUGUGCGUCACCCAGUCGCCCAUCUUCUUCACCACCAGCAUGCACAAGAGGUGGAUCUUUGGAGAGAAAGGCUGCGAGCUCUACGCCUUCUGCGGCGCUCUCUUCGGGAUCUGCUCCAUGAUCACGCUGACGGUGAUCGCGGUCGACCGCUACUUCGUCAUCACGCGACCCCUCACCUCCAUCGGCGUGCUGUCACGGAAACGGGCCCUGCUCAUCCUGAUGGCGGCCUGGGCCUACUCGCUGGGGUGGAGCCUGCCGCCGUUCUUCGGCUGGAGCGCCUACGUCCCAGAGGGUCUGCUGACUUCCUGUACGUGGGACUACAUGACCUUCACCCCGUCGGUGCGAGCCUACACCAUGCUGCUCUUCAUCUUCGUCUUCUUCCUGCCGCUCUUCAUCAUCAUCUACUGCUACGUCUUCAUCUUCCGAGCCAUCCGCAACACCAACCAGGCUGUGGGGAAGAUUAACGGCAGCACUCGCGACUCGGUGAAGAGUUUCCACCGGCUGCAGAACGAGUGGAAGAUGGCGAAGAUCGCUCUGAUCGUCAUCCUGCUCUACGUCAUCUCCUGGUCGCCGUACUCCACCGUCGCCCUCACCGCCUUCGCCGGCUACGCAGACAUGUUGACUCCCUACAUGAACUCUGUGCCCGCCGUCAUCGCCAAGGCCUCGGCCAUCCACAACCCCAUCAUCUACGCCAUCACACACCCAAAGUACAGGAUAGCGCUGGCCAAGUACAUCCCGUGCAUGGGCAUCCUGCUGUGCGUCCAUCCUCGCGACCUGCGCUCGGCCAGCAGCAGCUUCAUGUCGACCCGCCGCUCCACCGUGACCAGCCAGACCUCCGACAUCAGCAGCCAGUUCAGGCGGCAGAGCACCGGCAAGUCGCGCCUCUCCUCCGCCUCCGACAGCGAAUCGGGUCUGACAGACACUGAGGCCGACCUGUCCAGCAUGGGCUCCAGACCGGCCAGCCGCCAGGUGUCCUGCGACAUCAGCAGAGACACCGCCGAGCUGCCCGACUUCAAACCCUCCUCCAGCUUCAAGUCCAAGAUGAAGAGCCACGACUCGGGCGUCUUCGAGCGGACCUCCUACGACACUGACAUCUCCAUGGCCGGAGUCAGCGAACGGGGCAGCAUCUCAAAUAGCGGAGACUACUCAGACGGACACAUGAUGAGGUCCGCCAUCGGCCGGAUCCCCAGCAUCGUCAUCACGUCCGAGUCCAGCCCCUUCCUGCCCGCCGGACGAAACGGCUCGCGCUCAUCCAGGACCAAGACAUCCAACAGCAGCAGCACAGGGGCGGGGCCAGGGUAG